AUGAGGAUGUUGCUGUUCACCCUGUGCAGUUCAACAAAUGAAGCCCUGAGACUCAUGCUGGUUGGAAAAACUGGAUCAGGAAAGAGUGCUGCUGGAAACACCAUCCUGGGGAGAGAAAAUGCCUUUCAUGAGGAAAUGUCACCUGAGUCGGUGACUAAAGGCUGCCAAAGAAUAGAGGGAAAACAUGGAGUGAGGAAGAUUGCUGUGAUCGACAGCCCAGGACUGUUUGACACAAACAAAACAGGAGAAGGAAUAAAGGAAAACAUUAAGGAGUGUAUUGAACAGUCAGUUCCUGGACCCCAUGCUUUUCUGUUAGUCAUCAGUCUGAAGGUAAGAUUCACUGAAGAGGAGAAGUCAGCUGUGAAUUGGAUCCAGGAAAACUUUGGCUCAGAUGCUGACAUAUAUACCAUAGUCCUGUUUACACAUGCUGACCUCCUGAAGGAUAAAUCUGUAGAAGACUAUGUGGCAGAGAGCACACAUCUAAAAACACUGAUAAAUAAGUUAGGGGGACGAUAUCAUUCACUCAUCAAUGACAAAAGACAAGACAGAAACCAGGUCAGGGAACUUCUAGACAAGAUAGAUACAAUGGUGAAGCGCAAUGGAGGAAGUCACUACGCCAGUGAGAUGUACAAGGCAACCCAGAAGAGACUUGAGGAGGAGAGAAAAAAGAAGGACGAGGAAGAGCGAAGAAUGAAGGAAGUGGAAGAGAGGAUGAGGGAGAGAAUGAGGGAGGAGAUGAGGGAGAGGCAGGAAAAGAUUGCUUGGUAUAUCUGA